UUAUUCCUUAGUCUGACUAGCUGUUUGGCCACUGAUAACUAUAGUAGGCUAAAUAGCCUAUUGAUCUCACAAGGAGUAGAACUAAAGUAAACGUUUUUUUUGUUUUGUUUUUUUUAAUAGGGGGAUUAUAUCAUCUCAAUUUUCCAAUAUCGUUUAAAAAGGAUUGUAGUCAGAUCACUUUGGGCAAUGGCUUGAUUUGUUUAGUAGGCUAGUAGUAGAAGUUGUAGUUUAUUUUUGUAGGCCUACCUAUGCCGUGUUUCCUUAUCUUAACUAAACAUUUGAAUGAAUGUUUAGCCAAAUUCACUUCAUUUGUAAAAUAAACGCUAUGUGACAGUUCUACAGGCGACACAAGAAACGACACAGGUGUUUUUUUUCUAAACGCGUGUUGACUAGAGACGAAGAUGGCGGACGAACUAGACCGAGUACGGAUUUCAGCUGCGGAGCUACGAGCUGAAGCGUCUGCUUUUACCAACCACCACGGCGAUUGUCACAGAGGUGAGAGCGAUCACCGAAAGUUAUCGUUAUAAAUCAUGAACUCACAACAACAACAACAAAAAAACGGGAGUAAUCCAACGUAUAAACGGAAACGAAGUAGUUAGCUUGCUAGCUAACGUUAGCUAUUUUGACGUAACGUCAGCUAGAAGUAUCAUGUGGUAUUUUGUUUUCAAACGCCUCCCCUCCUCCUCCCCCCCCCGACCAAUAUCACUCACUCACCCCCACCUCUCACAACCGAAGACCGGGUUGGAAAUGCACAUGUCACCGUCAACCUAGACGGAGGUUCCCCACCGGCUGCAGUCCUUCGUGGUUGGGGCUAUUGUCAGCUUGCUAAGCUAGAGGAGCGAGGAGAGGAGGGACGUGGCCAACGACAGCAGCGUCACCACGGCAACGACCCGUCAAAACGCCCUGACCUGCAGCUCUACACGCCCGGGGCUGGCCACGGCAACCGUCGCCAUGACAGCGAGGACGGCGGCGUAGUCACCUCCCCUGGAGAUCCGUUAGCCAUGACCUCUGACCCUGAGGUGGAGUUGGUGAUGUCACUGCCACAGGAGGAGGAAGAAGUACACAAGAUGGCCGCCACUGAGACGGUUUCAACUGAACUUGGAUGUAUAGAUGGAGGGAUGGGGAAAGGAGGAGGAGAGAAAUGUGGAGGAGGUUUUACUUCAAACCGGGGUGGAUGCUCUCGAGCACCUGCACAACAGAGGACUCAAAGAGGUGACCACCACACCACCAGAGCAGACAACAACAACAACAGUAGUAGCAGUAGUGCAAAGGGACCGUCAGGCUCAGCUAACCGACCACAGAACUCCAGACAGAGGGAUGAAGUGAGAGGGAAAAACCAGAGGGGUGGAGGUAGAGAGAAGGACCAGAGGGGUGGAGGGAGAGAGAAGGACCAGCGGGGUGGAGGUAGAGAGAAGGACCAGAGGGGUGGAGGGAGAGAGAAGGACCAGAGGGGUGGAGGGAGAGAGAAGGACCAGAGGGGUGGAGAGCCAGCAGGGGGUUCCCCUGACUCUCCCAAGGCCACCAGAAAGACCCGUAAACCGGACCGGGAGAUCUACCAGCCUGGGGGUCGGAGGAGCACCACUACCACCCAGGGGGAAGAGGGAAGAGAGACAGAGAAACCUGCCCCUACCCCUGGUCCCCCUGAUCCUGUCAGAGAGGAAACCCAAGCCAGGAGGGAACCAGUCGUAUGGAGAGAGACCGGAGAGGAGAAAGGGAAAGGUGGCAGAGGGGGUGAAGAGACAAGCAGAAGGCAGGGGAGGAGAGAAACAGGGAAAGCAGCCAUCUCAGACCAUGGAGUAGAGAACCUGACUGGGAAGAUUCAGAAACUCUGUGUGACUGCCCCACCUGAGAGAGAAGAGGAGGGGAAGAGAGGAGAGGGUGAGGAAGGAGUAGGCAGGAGGAGGAAGGCUAGCGGUGAGGGCAGGAGGAGCAGAGCUGGAGGUGGAGGCAGGGGACGAGUAGGAAAUGAAGGAUGCGAGAAGACGGAGGAGGAGAAGAAGAGAGAGAGGGGAAACCGCAGGAACAGAGGAGGAGGGGAGAAUCAGGACUCCAGGAGAAGAGGAGAGGGGGGUGAGGGUGAGCGAGGGAUGACCGAGAAAGAUAGAGACAGGAGAGCAUCGGAAGAAGACGGAGAGAGGGAAGCGAACCGUCCUGCAGAUACACAGCCAGCAAAGGGAAGAGAAAAACGGAGGGAUAGAGAGACUGAGAGAGACAACCAGAGAGGCAACAACAGACCCCAACCUCUACCUCCAGAUAUAGACAGAGAGAGGAAUGGAGAGAAAGACGGGGAUGGAGAGAUACAGAGAAACAGAGAGAGGAGCGAGAGAUGCAGAGCUAACCCUAACAACCACCACCACCCAUCGUCGUCCUCUAAGCGCUACUCCAAGUCAAACAUCAGAAGACCCGUGAACCGUACCUACAGCACCAGUUCUGCCAGCAGUGGUACCAGCCUGGACGGACUGGGACAGGGAGGGGAUCGGAGGGAGGACAGGGUCCGACGAGACCGCCUGGGGCACAGGGAGAGAGACGGAGGAGAGGGAGGAGGUCAGCUACCGAACAGGAGGAGAGACUCCUCAACAGACUCACUGGAGGAGAGGAGGAGAGAUGGAGGAGAGGAGGACUUGAGCCCCGCGUGGAGGAGAGGGGAGGAGGAGAGCAGAGGGAGAGGGGGAAGAGGACACAGAGGAGGAGGAGGAGGAAGAGGAGGAGGGCUCCUGAAAGUAUCUCAGAGCGACAGACAGUCAGGCACCUCCCACGCCACCUCAGGCCUCAGCGAUGACCCCCAAGGGCGCCGCAGGCAGGGCACUGUGCCUCGUGGUAAGGAGAGGGGCAUUCUCAUCCUCCCCGCCCACACUGACCUCUCCAAUUCGCCGACGGAGCCCGGGCCAAGGCUCCUGUUUGGUGGGAUUCGAGGAGGAAAAGAGGCGGGACUAGGGAGAGGAGGAGGAAGGGGCGGAGGAACAAGGCGACUCUGGGAUCCCAACAACCCCGACCAGAAACCCGCUCUCCGGCUCUCCCAGCAUGCCUCUCUCCUGCAGCAGCAGCCCAUGUACCUGCAGACGGGCGGCGGUUACGGAGCGCUGCACUUCCUGGAUACAGAUGACGAGGCUGCAGGGAGUCCCCCGGUCCGCCAGGGGGAGCACUUCUACCCCCAGCAGGAGGCCGCAGCCAUGGCCCAGGCCUUCUACAAGUACCAGAACUCUGACAACCCUUACCCUUACAAUACCAACCCCAAUGCACGUUACCCAUACCCCUACCACACUAUGCCUACCACCCCCUACCAGAUGCCCUCCUCCAACGGCAUUUACCCAGCCCAGUUUUACGGGGAGUACAGGGGCCAGGGGUACCAGACUGGGGCUGGAGCAGGUCUGACACCAGAGGAAGUGGAGCAGCAGGCCAGGCAAGAGCUGGGGAGACAGCUGAGGGCUGCAGAGAGCCAAGAGUUACAACUCAGCAACCUCCUAUCUAGAGACAGACUUAGUCCUGACGGACUGGACCGCAUGGCUCAACUCAGAGCUGACCUGUUGACCCUAUAUGAGCGGGUGAUCCUAACAGACAUAGAGUUCAGUGACAGUCAGAACCUGGACCAGGCUCUAUGGAAGAACGUGUACUACCAGGUUAUAGAGCACUUCAGACAGCUCCUCAAAGAUCCCAGCGGAGACUCAGCCCUGCACAUCACCCCCAUGCUGCUCACUCUGCUGGACGAGGGGACGGUAUUCUUUGAUGCGCUGCUGCAGAAGCUUCAGACGGUGUUUCAAUUUAAACUGGAGGAUUACAUGGACGGCAUGGCCAUCCGAGCACGUCCACUACGCAAGACGGUGAAGUAUGCUCUGAUCAGUUCCCAGCGGUGUUUGAUCUGUCAGGGGGACAUCGCCCGUUACCGAGAGCAAGCCAGCGACUCGGCGAACUACGGCAAGGCCCGCAGCUGGUAUCUAAAGGCCCAGCAGAUUGCUCCUAAGAACGGACGACCUUACAACCAGCUGGCCCUGCUGGCUGUUUACACGAAGAGGAAGUUGGAUGCAGUGUAUUACUACAUGCGUAGCCUAGCUGCCUCCAACCCCAUCCUCACUGCCAAGGAGAGUCUCAUGAGUCUGUUUGAAGAGGCCAAACGCAAGGCGGACCAGAUGGAGCGGAGGAGGAAGCAGGAGUUGGAGGGGGGGUCCAGGGGCCCGGGGGUUCGAGGAGGAGGACGGGGGGAGGAGGGGGCCAGGGUGGAGAUCUGGGUCAGCCCUAUCGGCCAGGCAGGGGUUCCAUCAUCACAUCGCGGGGGCAGCGAGUCCAGCAGAGACUCUGAACAGGAAGGAGAGCUGGGCAACCUCAGCCCUAGUGAUCUCAAUAAGAGGUUUAUACUCAGCUUCCUCCACGCUCACGGAAAACUCUUCACUAAAGUGGGCAUGGAGUCGUUCCCGGCGGUGGCCAGUCGUGUUCUCCAGGAGUUCAGAGCUCUGCUCCAACACAGCCCUUCCCCCCUGGGAAGAACACACAUGUUACAGAUCAUCACCGUUAACAUGUUCACGAUACACAACGCUCAGAGCAGAGGGGUAGAUGGUGAGGUGAGAUCUGUGUUACAGGAACAGACUACAGCUCUGGGUCUGGCCAUGUUCUCUCUGCUGGUCCAACGCUGUACAGAGCUGCUGAGAGACACACCCGCAGAGCCCAUCCCGGAGGAGGAGAGAGAAGAGGGGGAGGAGGGGAUGGUGAGAGUUUCUGCCUUCCCAUUGGACCUGAGGGAACUGCUGCCCAGCGUCAAGGUCUGGUCUGAUUGGAUGCUUGGACACCCCAGCCAAUGGAAUCCUCCACCUUGCCGUAUAGACUGUAGUCUUGGUGUGUGGCGUAGCCUGGCAGACCUGUGUAAUGUGUUGGCGCGUGUCGACCACGGCGAGGCGCCGCUGUACAAGGCAGACGGGGACGGAGGGGAGGGGGAUGAGGAGCUCCGUCUGCUGCUAUUGGAGGAGGACAGGCUACUGGCCGGCUUCGUCCCGCUGCUCGCCGCCCCGCAGGAACCCUGCUACGUAGACUGCACCGGAGAUACAGUGAUAGCAGCGGACUGUAAAAGGGUAACGGUAUUGAAGUAUUUUCUGGAGGCUCUGUGUGGACAGGAAGAACCUCUCCUGGCUUUUAAAGGAGGGAAGUAUGUCUCCAUGGCAACCUCUCCUCCCCAACCCGUCCGCCCAGCACGCAGCAGACAGGACUCGCAGACCGAGAGAGAGAGUGAUGACGUCAUGGUGGAGGCGGAGUCGUCUGUGUCGGACGGUGACAGUGAGGAUGACAUCAGAGAGCUCCGGGCCAGACGCAGCGUCCUCACCAACAAACUGUCUGAGCAGCAGAGACGCAGGGACAAGAUACAGGCGGUGUUACAGACGUGUGGUCAGUUGGAGUUAGAGGUGCGGCCUCUCUUCCUGGUCCCCGACACCAACGGUUUCAUCGACCACCUCACCGGCCUCAAGACACUGCUGCAGUCUGGGACGUACAUACUGGUGGUGCCCCUCAUAGUGAUAACAGAGUUGGAUGGUCUGGCAAAGGGGCAGGAGAGCUGCGAUGGCUCUGGCAGUGGGCGUGGUGGCAGUGGUUGUCGUGGAAACACCGGUGGUGGUGGACCGACCCACGCCCAGUCGGUCCAGGAGAAGGCCAAGGUUGCUGUGGCGUUUCUGGAGCGAGGGUUCGAGGCCAGGGAGCCCUGUCUCAGAGCGCUGACCAGCAGAGGAAGUCAAAUGGAGUCUAUCGCCUUCCGCAGCGAAGACACCUCCGGACAACAGGGGAACAAUGAUGAUGUCAUCUUGUCCUGCUGUCUCCACUACUGCAAAGAUGAGGCUAAAAGCUUGAUGCCUGCACAGACAGACGGUCCGGUGCGGUUGCGUCGGGAGGUGGUUCUCCUGACAGAUGACCGUAACCUGCGGGUCAAAGCCCUGACCAGGAAUGUGCCGGUCAGGGACAUUCCUUCCUUCCUCACCUGGGCCAAAGUGGGCUGAACCGGGUCACACACAGACCACGCCCAGAGCACCCAGACAACCAAUCAACUGCUGAGAACCGCUGGCCACCUCCCACACCACCUUGGCGUGGAGAAGGAGAAUAUACGCUAAUGCAGAAGAGAAGACUGUUGGAGAAGGAGAAGAAACUCAUUUUUUGGUGGAAAAGCUCAAAUGAAAACUAAAAAAGUUAUUUUUUUUUGAGGUGUGGAAUGAGUUGAAUUGUCUGAGAGCUUUUUCUCCUCUCAUUGUGGUGAGGUGUGUGUUAAUAAGCACUUCUCUCAGAGGGAAGGAGGAGGGAGCAGAGAGUUUUAAGAGAUGCAGGAAUGUUGGACCAGGAGGAACGGGAGAGGAGGUCUGUGAGUGUGUGUUAUCUGGUUUCUCCAUUCCAGCCGUGCGCCCUUCAUAACCUCUGCAGUGUGUUCACAAGGCCAGCAGCAGUAUUUAGCUCUGUAGAAACAACAGAGCAGAGAUGGAAUAGAGAGAGAGAGAGGGAGAGGAAUAGGUUAGGGCUGAGGAGGAAGACCGCAGCCUGACUGAAGACCUAUCUCUGGCUGUGUGAGUGUCUGUUUAACUGACAUCUGUCUGUCACCCCAGAGCAGCACAGAGAGAGUCCCUGUAGGGGGGGGGGAGGCUGUGGUGAUGGGUUACCAGGUUCUGGUGUAUUAGAUAGGGGAUUGGUACCCCACCUUAAUCUCCUUGACCCGGAGCCACACGCUCAGCCUCUGAAUGCCAGGAUGUGGUUUGCAUCCCAGUUGCCCAGCAACAGUGUUGGUGACAUUGGUAACCCCAGCAGCUUGUUGGUGACAGAGUCAUUUCCAAGUUGGGGUUUCUAUAAAGGAACAGCUUUAUUUUUAAAAAAAUAAUCAAAAUACGAAGAAAAUAUACGUUUUUCUGAUUUAGCAUUGUGGAUGUUUUGUGGAUGUGGCGGUGUGUUUUAGUUGGCUGGUGUAUCCAUUGUGUGUGUGAGAUGUUUAUGCUCUACAGAAGAGCUCGUCUUUCUGCUGACGUUUUCACCCACAAACCGUUUUGGUUUGUUUGAGCCUUUUUUAACAAGUCAAAUCAGAUUUGAAUGUUUUAGUUGAUCUCCCUUUGUUUUUACCACCACCUGUGAGGUAACUCAUCAGCUUGUUUCAGCUUCUAUUCAUUAUCUAUCUAUUCUUCUUCACAUUGAGUACAGCACUCUGCUGAUCUGAGUGAACAUAUCUAGGCUGGCUGGAUAUGUUCAGUAACGUGUGUGUGUGUGUGUAUGCGUUUCUAGUAACUGGUAAUUGGCGGCUUUUGCCACACUCCCUAACAAAGAAAAGGUCAGCCGAUAAAAGAAAGUUGCCUCAGCCAUAUUGUCCGGAAGAAUCCCAUUUGCAAAAUAUCGUUUUUUUUUUUUUUGUUGAUGGAAAUCCAUUUGCCCGGUCAUGCUUAUCAGCCUGUAGGUAAAUGUGUAUAAUUAAGUGGAAUUAAAUUGGCGCGUUUUGUAUUUUCGUUAGUCGUCCUAUCUUCACACGCCACAGCAUACAGAGACUAUGACCUGAACAUCACCUGUCAGACAGAGCUGCUGCUGAGAGCCUGGUUCAGCUCGUUGCUGGACUGAAACGUACUUUUACAAGCCCAGUUAUUGAGCAACCAUUCUAAAUACAAUCGCGUGUUAACAGUUUUGAUGGUAACGAUUUAAAAAAAAAUAUAUAUAUAUAUAUAUAUAUAUAUAUAUAAAUUAAAUUAAAAAAUACCUAUUUUUAUUUCUCAACUGGUAUGCCUUAUUGAAGUGCGCCUCCCAUUUGAGUGCAUAUGCAACGGUAAGCAGUCUAUCAGCGCCUCACCCACCACUUGGCAAACAGUGAGAAAAUAUUCACACCACUUGACUUUUUCCACAUUUUGUUAUAACAGCCUGAAUUUAAAAUGAAUUUGAUUUUGUGUCACUGAUCUACACACAAUACCCCCAUAAUGACAUCACAAUACCCCCAUAAUGACAUCACAAUACCCCCAUAAUGACAUCACAAUACCCCAUAAUGACAUCACAAUACCCCAUAAUGUCAAAGUGGAAUUAUGUUUUUAGAAAUGAACUAAAAAUGAAAGGCUGAAAUGUCGAGUCAAUAAGUUUUCAACCCUUUUGUUAUGGCAAGCCUAAAUAAGUGCUUAACAAGUUGCAUGGACUGACUGUGUAAUAGUGUUCAACCUGAUUUUUAAAUGACUCAUUUCAAGCACAGAUUCAACCAGAAAACCAGGUUUUCCAACGGUUCUCAAAGAAGGGCACCUAUUGGUAAAAA